CAUGAAAAUACCACCCAGGUAACAGGUCACAGGUAAAAACAUUGCAUAACAAAGAAGCCUGCAAGAACAACAAAGUCCUGGAAUAUUUCCUUUAUUUCUGACUUUAUACACAUGAAGUAAAUCAUUUUAAUCUAAGAUUAACUGCGUAUAGAAGAAUUAGAGAUAUCCAUUACCAGACAAACAAAUACAGAACUACAUAUAGAUAAUAAGAGACUAUGUCUAAUAACGAAGAUAAAACUUCUACGAUUAUGUCCCUUGAUCAGACUAAUUGCCAUGCACCACAGGACCAAACAAGGUGUCAAAUUAAGGAACAAACUAUUUGUGAUAAAGAUUUGAGUUGUAAUUCAGAUCUAGAAAAACAAAUAAGAACACAUUCAGGGAUGAAAUCUUUUAAAUUUAAUGAAGAUAUCACAGCAGAUAGUGUUUCAAUAAAUUACCAGUUGCACGGAAACGUGAGAACACAAACAUCUGAUAGACCUUUUAUAUGUGGUGUGUGUAAUAAAACGUUUAGUCGGCAACCUUAUUUACUACAACACAUGAAAAUACACACUGGUGAUAAACCGUAUAAAUGUGAUAUAUGUGGUAGAGGGUUCAGUACAAAAGGCAUCUUAAAAACCCAUCUAAGAACACAUACCAUUGAAAAACGUUAUAAAUGUAAUGUAUGUGGAAAAGGGGUUAAUGGUAGUUUACAGGCUCACAUGAGAACACAUACUGGUGUAAAACCUUAUAAAUGUGAUGUAUGUUAUAAAGGGUGUAAUACAAGUAGCGGCCUAACUAGACACAUGAGAACACACACAUGUGACAAACCUUAUAAAUGUGAUGAAUGUUUUCGAGUGUUUGAUCACAGUGUAAUAUUAAAGAACCACAUCAGAAGAUCACAUAUUAGAAUGAAACCUUAUAAAUGUGAUGUAUGUGGUAAGGAAUUAAGUCUAAACGCCGGGUUUCAGGCACACAUGAGAACACAUACUGGUGAUAAACCUUAUAAAUGUGAUGUAUGUUGUACACGGUUUAAUCAUAAAUCGAACUUAGCUAAACACAUUAGAACACAUGAUGGAUAUAAAGAAUUUAAAUGUGGUGUUUGUAGUAAAGAAUUCAGUAGAAGCGGUGGAUUACAGUUACACAUAAAGAGAACACAUACCGGAAAGAAUAGAGAUAAACCUUUUGAAUGUGAUGUAUGUGGUAAAGGUUUUAAAGGUAGAGAGAACUUGAAUAGACACAUGAGAAUACAUACCGGUGAUAAACCUUAUGAAUGUGAUGUAUGUUGUAGAUCGUUUUAUUAUAGAUGGAGCUUUGAUAAACACGUAAAAUUACAUACGGUUGAUGAACCUUAUAAAUGUGAUGUAUGCUUUCAAGUGUUUAAUAAUAUCGUAAACUUAAAGAACCACAUCGGCAGAACACAUAUUGGAAACAAACCUUAUAAAUGUGAUGUAUGUGGCAAGGAAUUUAGUCUCAAUAGCGGGUUAAAGGCACACAUGAGAACGCAUACGGGCGGUAAACCUUAUAAAUGUGAUGUUUGCUGUAAAGGAUUCAAUCAAAGAGGCAACUUAACGACACAUAUGAUAACACAUACUAGUGAUAAACCUUAUAAAUGUGAUAUUUGCGAGACAGGAUUCAAUCAAAGAGGCAACUUAGCUACACACAUGAAGAAACAUACUGAUAUUAAAUGUGAAGUUUGUGGACUAAUAUUCAUGUCUCAUGAACACUUACAGAACCACGUGACAUCACACACUUGACCACACAUACUUGACUGAAUUUAAAUGAUUGUGAAGUUUGUGGACUAAUAUUCAUGUGUCUCAUCAACACUUACAGAACCACGUGACAUCACACACUUGCAGAACCACAUGACAACACACACUUGACUGAAUAGACUUAACAUUCACUGCAUGAGAUCUGGACACAUUGAUCAUGUGGUGUUAGUGAUGAGCAGCUGAGACAUCCAAUACCACUCCGUUUUCGUAUUGAUAUAUUGAAAUAUUUAUCCUAUGAUAUAUUUUUAACAACAAUAUAACCUAC